GACAUGGAAGCAACGUAAAUAAUAAUUAUCAAUGAUCGCGCUUCCUCCGUCGCAUGGCAUCGAGUUAACUUAAGAACAGCUUUGCAUUUGUCUUCUCGUUUCUCGCUUUGCUUUUAUCCGCCGAAAUUCAUAUCCCUUUUAUUCCACCACCAGCUAGCUUCCCUUUCCCAGUGCGUUCAAGAUCUCGAGAUCUUCCCGCUAUUAAAUCGCCGCAUUGACAGCACCAUCAGCUUCUGACGCAGUACGGACUCUACGGUGCACGCGUCUGGUAGAUUUAUGAGAAUUAGCCAGUUCAUAACCUCUCGAAUCGUGUGGACUGCUAUCGCAAAGUCUACUUCUUUCUUUGGAUAUUUCCAAGGCUGUUUGAAAGGAGAUUGGAGCUAUCCAUAUAUAUAUCCCAUGUUUGCCAAAAUAUCCAUUCCAGCCCACUAUUUAUUUAAAUAGCCUGAGCUGGGAAACGCCCGCGCAUUUGAAGAAGAAGCAUCGGUUCAAUUCGUUCGAUAGAAGAAGAACAACAAGAAAAUAAUAUCUUAAGUACUCCGACUUCGGCGCGAGUUCGGGUUUUCCCUACUUUUCGCCCUUAUAUAACACAUAUCAGUCAUCAUGGAAGUGAUACAAGAAUACGUAAUCCCGGCCCUCCAAAACGCCAACAAAUACAUCCCCCCCUCCAUCUCCCUCCAAGCACUCUCCUACUACUCCACCUUCACCACACACUUCCUCCCCAUCUCCCAGCAAUAUCUACAGCCCUACUUCCUCACCCCAUUGCAAACCCUCCUAAACUCCCCACCAGACCUCACCUCGCUCCUCGUCCUCUGCCUCCUCCUCUUCAUCUCUCUCAGAGUACUCGAUUAUGCCCGUCGCAUCAUCACGUUCUGGGUCAUGCUGGUGUUCCGACUUGCAUUCUGGGGGUCUGUGAUUGGGGGCGCGUAUUACGUGUAUGUUGUUGGGUGGGAGAGGGCGGGGAGGGAGGCUGGGUGGUUGUUGGGGUUGCUUCAGGGGUUUGUGGAGGAGAUGUGGGCGAAUAGUCUGGAGGCACAGAGACAAGGGCAGGGGCAGACGCCGCCGAUAUAUGGGGGGAUGCGGUGGGAGCAAGCGCGGAAGAGGACAGGCUAGAAUCGAGCUUGACGGAGCGGGCUUUGGUGGGGGCCAAGAGGGGCUGGUUUUUUUUAUGAUUGGAAUGAUACUUUCUUGUUGGGACGAUAUAUUGCUUUUGCGUUUAUCGUGUUCUCUGUCGCCUCUUUCUCGUACGCCUUUCACACGCCGGAUAUAUUUAUUUUUAAUACUAUUGGAAAGUUGGAUUUGACUUCUUGACUAGCUCUGCAAAGUCCGGUUUUCAUUGAUUCAGUAUGGUCAUAUUAUGUUAUUAUAUACAUGGUCUUUUUCGGAUUCAUUAACUAUUCAUAGUGCGGAUUGCCUUUUGUUUUUUUCAAGCUCAAUCCGCUAAUUUUUGACAUAAACCGGGCCUUCCUGCUGCCGGCACUCGUUUGUCCCCCUUGCUAAGUUUAUAUAAUGGGAAAUGUUGUCCCCACAAGAUAAUGCCAAUCCUCUCCUCAGCAGUAGAUGGUUCGUCGAAUUCAGCCAUCGAUGGCCUGUCAAACUGUAGGGGGGCGUCCCUCAAAAACUCCCAUAAACGGGGGGGGAAUGGCAGGGGUAUAUAAAGAUCUGCCGUUCGGAAAUUUUUUCACGAUCAUGUGUCGUGCCAUUACUCCAAAUCUACCUCCCGCUCAUCAGCCGGCUCCCUGGGUUCCUGCGCCUCGUGGAAUUGGAUCGCAUCAUCGAUAUAGCUCAGCACACUACCAAUGCUGUCCUCGUCCUGAACAUCCAACUUCAGAAAUGACACCAUGCUGAAGUCGUCAAGCAGCUGGCCAACUGCCCGAUUAAGCCGCCUAAACGAGUCACCACUCAGCAGGGAAUUUGUAGAUGUGGGGUCCUCCGCUGCUGCACUAGCUGCCUCUGCUUCAUCCCCACCACCACCUCCCUGAUUCUCCUCAUAUAGCAAUUGAAUAUCCACAGCCGUGAAGCGCUUCAACUCC